CCACCCAGGUAAAAAGUGGAGCAAGUGAAUGCCCGUUGCAGCUCGGAUUUCUGCACCCCCACCCUAGAAGAAAUCACCAGGGUGGGGGGUUGUGUGUGGGGGGUGGGGGGUCCUCUCCCUCAAUCGUUACUAUGCCUGAGGUAUUGUUGCAUAUCGCCUCUUUGGAGCUAAACGGGACUCUGCUAUGAAGACUCUCCCCAAAAGCAGAAGCUGCCAAGUGUACUGUGUUUUCGGGCAUCGGCGUGCUCCCGCACAGGCAGAGGGGGUCAUGAAGGAGCCCACCACGCAGCCUGAGGAAGAGGCAGUGACACCUCCUGCACAUAUCUCCUGGAGGAAAUGGGCUUUCACUGUCUUGCCAUUCUUCUCCUGCACUGCCGUCAUUGCAUUCACCCUCCACUACUUGACGUCCCCGCCCUCCUCGGUGUUCUUCCUGGGAUGCAGCGUGGAGUUCCCCAAUCUGAGCUUCUCCUCGGAGCUCGCUGAUUGCUCCUCGCCACAGUUCCACCUGCAGGCUCAGGCAUUAAACCGUUACUUCUCAGAACUCUACAAGUCCUCUCCGUGGAGCUCUUACUACCUGCGCUCAGGGAUUACUGCCUUCAGUGAAGGAGCAUCAGGCCUCAAUGUCUUCUACUGGAGUCAAUUCUCUGCCCCACAUCACGUCGCCACGGCGAUCCGCAGGUCCCGCCCAGAGAGGCUGCAGCGCAGACUUCCAGGCAGCAACAAGGUGCUGUGGGACGGCCGACACGAGCAGCGAUACUACUUGGAGCAAGAUGACGUUACACGACAACUGCUGGGUUUGGACCCUGAUGACUUCGAGUUGGAAGAAAAAUCCGGCAAGAUUAAGAAUCCACAUAGCGGGAAAUGGCAGCUGGGCUUCCAAGCCAUGUCCUUUGACCUGUACGCUAAAUACGGCGUCAACCGUACCCUGAGCCUCGUCAGUCCCAAAAAACUGUACUACCAAUGGCGUCUCCGUGUGCCGGCGGGUCACGUGGUGCGGCUGGUCAUCCUCGCCCUGCACGGCGCCGCGCCGGGAAGCUGCGGCACUCACAAGCUCUCAGCCUACGACUUCCUGCUUCCUUUACAGAACAAGAUCAUUGCCAGGUGGUGUGGGCUGCCUGUGCAGGGCUCUCCCGCCGCCAUGAGUCUGACCUCCUCCGGGAACGUCAUGCUGGUCACCUUCUCCUUCAGCCGACAGAGGGAGGGCGCCAUCUUUAAGGCCUACUUCCAGGCCAUCCCAAAAACAGGUUGUGGAGGCUCACUUUCAUCCUGGAAUGGCUCUAUUUCUUCCCCCUACCACCCCUCCCACUACCCUCCUAAUAUAGACUGCAGCUGGGUGCUACGAGCGCCGUUGCCUGGAUACCUGAUCUCCAUGACGAUCGUGACCGUGGACAUCCAGGAGUCGUCGGACGGCUGUGAGAAAGACUGGCUGGACAUCGGGGGGGUCAAGCUGUGCAACCUUGUGUCAGACAGCAGCAAAAGGCGAGUCUACUCGUCUCCGCUCUCCAUCCACUUCCACUCCGAUGAAUCCCUAACUCACAAAGGCUUCCAUCUGCUCUACCGGGCCUUCUCUGCAGAAGCUGCGUGCCCUCGUCAGUUCCGCUGUGGAGAUGGACGCUGCGUCCCUUUAAGGAACGUGUGUGACGGAGUCAGAGACUGCUCGGAUGGACGUGAUGAGGCCAAAUGCUCGUCGUGCAGGCCUGGCGAGGUGUUGUGCAGUAAUGGACGUUGUCAGCCUCCAAGCAGCCCGUGUUCCAGCGUGUGUGCAGACAGCAGUGAGGAGAGCAGCUGCAGAAGUACAUGUUACCACAUGUGCCCCAACAAAGUGUGUCUGGCCAAGUCAUCAGUGUGUGACGGCGUGGUGGACUGCAAAGACCGCAGUGAUGAGAUGAACUGCACCAGAGCAUACCUGAAAGGCUGCUCGUCAUCGUCCUACAAAUGUGCCAACGGGAAGUGUGUGAGUAAGGUCAACCCCGAGUGUGAUGGCGUCAGAGACUGCCUUGACGGGUCUGAUGAAGUGCGAUGCGGCUGCGGCGUGCGGCCCAGGAGGCGUCCCAAGAUAGUGGGCGGCUCGGACGCAGGUCCAGGCUCAUGGCCGUGGCAGGUGAGCCUUCAAAUGGAGCGCUACGGUCACAUCUGCGGCGCCACGCUGCUCGCCAGCCGCUGGCUAGUCUCAGCUGCUCACUGCUUCCAGGACUCGGAGGCUAUCAAGUACUCGGAUCCACGUGCAUGGCGGGCCUUCAUGGGGCUGCGCGUGAUGACCGCCGGGAGCAAAGGCGCUGCCGCCAGGCCCGUCCGCCGCAUCCUCCCUCACCCCAGGUACGAUCAGCUCACCUCAGACUACGACAUCGCCCUUCUGGAGCUCAGCGCCCCUGUCUUCUUCAACGACCUGGUGCAGCCCGUGUGUGUCCCCGCUCCCUCGCACGCCUUCACCAUAGGGACCAGCUGCUAUGUCACGGGCUGGGGCGUCCUCAUGGAGGACGGUGAGCUGGCCACACGCUUGCAGGAAGCGUCAGUGAGGAUCAUAAACACAAACACAUGCAACAAGCUCUACGACGACGCCGUCACUUCCAGAAUGCUUUGCGCUGGGAACCUGCAGGGUGGGGUGGACGCUUGCCAGGGUGACUCGGGGGGUCCACUGGUGUGCCUGGAGCGUGGCAGGCGCUGGUUCCUGGCGGGCAUCGUGAGCUGGGGCGAAGGCUGCGCCAGGCAGAACCGUCCAGGCGUGUACACGCAGGUGGUGAAGUUCACUGACUGGAUCCAUCAGCAAAGCAGAGGACAGGUGUGACGCAGCUUGGCUUUUGUACAGUCAUCAUCAUACAAUUGGGUGGUGAAGUGGACACUGAGACAUUGACUCUUCCUUUGUCCAUCAAUGCCAUCAAUCAUUGAAACUUAACCUCAUUCCAAAAUAAAGGCAACAUUGCCCUUAAUAUGCUUAUAUAAUAAAUAAUAUAUGCCUGACAUCACUCUCUUCUUUGAAUUGCUGGUGAAGGAAUGUUUUUUUACAAUUUCACGAAGUAACCAUGUGAUUUUUU